GAUAAACCAAGCAACAAACAAAAUCCAGUUUGGUUUGUUUAAUUCCGGAAAUCUUUGGUGAUAGAGCUUUUAAGAGAUGGGGUGGUUUGUGAAGCUCCUUCUAGGGCUUUGGAGUAAGUCCGCCAAUGGCGACUGGACUUUUGAAGAAACCUCUUCCUAUCACGGAGAAACGGUGAUAAUAAACAAGACUGACACUUUUGAUGGGUUGGUGGAAUUGAUACGUAUAAGACUGAAUCUGGGGAUUCUAACGCCGGUUGCGUUAACUUAUCAACUUCCGAACUGGAUGCUAGUCCCAGAUUGUUCAAAAGUCCCUCCGAUCACUUUGUGUAACGACAAAGAUGUUGAGACAAUGAUAAGCGCCAGAGACUACAUGUCUGAGCCGGUGCUUUAUGUGACUAGUGGACCUGAGCUAGUUGCAAAAUACCAGUUCUACUGUCGAUCACCUUUCACAAUAGAUGAUAAGGCUUAUCUCGAAGAAGGAGUUACCGAAGAGCAACAUCGACAAGCUAUACGAGACUUGGUUGGUGGUCAUCCAAUCGUUUGUAGCAAGCAUAUGUUGGAGAUAAUGUUCAAUGAACCACAACUCCUAAUCGUCUUCCGCGUUGCUCUAGAGAUAGAAAUGGUUUAUUCUUUCCCCGACGAGCAAGGGGUAACUGAAGAUCCAGCUGACUUUCCUAGCCUAACCAUCGAUGACAUUAUCGAUAUGGAGCAAGGUUACACCUUAUCACCGGUUGAGCCGAGCAACUAUGAACCUGGCGAUGAAGUGCUGUACGGAGAACCGGUGAGUCUAGAGGAGAUGGAAAAUGCAGAACGCAAUUUCGCCGGAACAAUCAUUCUUCACCAACCAACCCCUUUGGAAGUCGAACCAGUUAACAUAUGGAGGGGAAAUACGCAAGAAGAGCCAUACUGGGAUGGUAUGAUGGAGGAAGAAGACAACUAUGAGGUCUACGUAACACAGUCACCACACCCAAGUCAGGGAGUUGAACCUCUGCCACUUGCUCCAAAUCGAAGGGUGAAUGCUCCACAACCAGCUACAAUAAUCAUGAUCGAUGAUGAAGAUGAUGGAUCAUACACCGGCUCUUCUGAGGGGGUUAACGAGAACGAUAAUAUCAGUAACCCCCCUCCACCAGAAGAAAUUGGAGUCAUUGCCAACGAGCAAACGAAAAGUGCACCAGCUAGUAGGAAAGGUGAAUCGUCUGGCGAAGUAGACCAAAACAAAACAGCACCAUCGAAUGAAGUUGUCGUUGCCUUACCAGCAGCUCCAAUUCCCAGUAAUGAAGAACUCAGCCUUGAUCUCACACUUGGCGUGGGAAAAAACAUGAGCACCUCUAGAGGUGUUACCUUGGUUGACGUCGACGACUCUGUCUCUGAAGGUGAAGAGGGCAGUGGUGGGUUUGAUCCCCUCUUUUAAAAUGAACUGGCUCUUAAAAUUAUAGAUAAGAUAAAUAAGUUGCCUAUGUUUUGUUGUGAAAUAUGUGGGUUCCGGCAUAUCCUUUUUGGCGUUUCUUUUACUCUAAUGAUGCAUAAGACACUAUGUUUGCGGCAGUAUGUAAUGUAAAAUAUCAAUGUUAAAUAUGUUGAUGCAUUUCUAUCUCAUUAUAUAACUAAUCCAUCAAUCGAAAAACAAAUUGUAGGAAACCAAACAAACAAUUCAGAUGACUUAUAUGAGGGAAAGGUUUUUACAAGUAGAGCCCAUUUCAAACAACAUAUGGCCUUAUAUGCAUUACGCCGUAAAUUUCGGUUUAAACACUCGCGUUCCUCAGCAGAAGGAAUGGUGCUUCGUUGCGUCAGUGCUGCAUGCAACUGGAGGGUUUAUGCUAUAAAAUUUAAAAAUGUGGACAAGUAUGAGAUUCGCAAAUUGUCUUCGUACCAUUCAUGUUCAGUUGACGAUCGAGCAGGUAUAACCAUUACAUUUCACAUGUUGCUGAAACAAUACACAGUCUUAAUGUAUAAAACGAAACCGUAUAUAUAUUAAAAAAAAAAAAUUGAACAUCAUAAUAAACAAAUGAUCAGUUAUACAUGAGAACAAACAAAUGAUCACUUAUUAAAAAAUAUGUUUACUUUUUUUCUCCCGAUAUGAACAAUGUAAUGAACUUAAUAACUCAAAGAUUAUCGAAAGCAGUGUUUGUUCAUAUAGUGUGCUUAUCACCUACCUAAUACUUGAUAAUUUCCAACAAUUACUUUCAUAUUAUAUAAUGGGUGAUAACAAAUAACCGAAAACUAAUGAAGCGCAUGAACAGGAUAUGAGGAACAGGCGACACAUUCAGUCAUUGGCGAAAUGAUCAAGUCCAGAUUUGCUGGCCAAGGUUGUGGGCCUCGGCCGAAUGAGAUUAUUCAACUAAUGCUUGGGGAACAUGAUAUUAGGAUUUCUUAUUGGAAAGCGUGGCGUUCACGAGAAGUUGCCCUCGAAUAUGCGAAAGGAUCAUCUGGUACGUCAUUCACAAUGCUCCCAGAUUACCUCCACAGACUGGUUGUCGCAAAUCCCGGCACUAUAGCACAAAUCCACACAGUUUAUGAUGUUGUUGUUGGCCAUAGGUUCAAAUAUAUGUUUCUUGCAAUGGGUGCUUGUAUUAGUGGUUUUAAUCAUAUGCGUCAUGUUAUUAUCAUCGAUGGGGCACAUUUGAGAGGAAAGUACGCGGGUUGCUUAUUGACAGCAUCAGCACAGGAUGGGAAUUACCAAGUCUUCCCUAUAGCUGUUGCUAUAGUUGAUGGUGAAAAUGACAGUGCAUGGGAAUGGUUUAUGAAAAUGCUUUUGCAAUUCAUCCCCAACAAAGAAGAAGUUGUUUUUGUUUCAGACAGACACUCUUCAAUAUACAAUGCAAUAUCCAAGGUUUGAUCCUCUAAUACAACAUAGUCAUUCUACAUUACUUAGUAGUGACGUAGGUUAGAAGAUUAGUUAAACUAUUUAUUAUUUUCCUGUCUUUAUAAAAGAACACUUGUAAAUGUCAUGGCAUGUCUAUUUACAUGUAGGUCUACACUGCAGCUAAACACUGUGCAUGCGUUUUACACCUGAUACGCAACAUCAAGACACAUUACAAAAACAAGCACCUUGGUUACUUGAUUGGGAAGGCUGCUAGGGCAUUCCAGCUCUCGGAAUUUUAUACCGCUUUCAAUGAAAUAAAAAACAUUAAUCCUUCUUGUGCGGAAUACCUUAUAGAUAUUGGAUUGGAGCACUGGUCUCGAGCUCAUUUUUCAGGAAACCGCUACAACAUAAUGACCAGCAAUAUUGCGGAAACAUGGAAUUCCGUACUGCACGAGGCAAGGGAGUAUCCGAUAUUGCCUUUGGUUGAGUAUAUCCGAACAAAACUUAUGAACUGGUAUGCAGAACGUCGUGAUGUUACACAGUUGGGGAGUAGCCGGUUGACUCCACGUGUUACUGAAAUUUUGGAAGCCAAUUUCGAACGGAGUGGGGGUUGCUUGUAAACCGGAUUAACAAGGGCGAGUUCGAGGUGAAAGAGAAGAAUGGUUCCUCAUUCCACGUUAACCUAACAACAAAGGCCUGCAGCUGUUGCGCAUUUCAAUUUCUCCUCAUUCCUUGUCCCCAUGCAAUUGCUUCAGCAAUCAAGGAGAGAAUUAGUAUCGAAUCUCUUGUAUCUGACUAUUACACACUAGGAGCUCUUGCCUCUGCAUAUGCCAAAGAUAUACUCCCCAUCACCAACAAUACAAAUGGAGUUACUAUCGAAGGAGAAGAAGCCUCACUCCAUAUUUUCCCUCCAGUAACAAGACGACCCCCUGGCAGACCUCGCAAAAGUCGAAUAUUAUCAACUGGUGAAAUUAGGGUAAGCAAGUCUAUAUCUUAUGUUUUAAAUAAUACAACAAGCUGGUUACAUCAAAUACUUUUUGGCAGAUGAAAACUCCAAGAAAAAGACAUGUUUGUAGCCGUUGCAAAGGGAAUGGACACAAUAAAGCAACUUGCAAAGUUGCAAUAUAAGAACAUCAAGUCGUAUAAAGUCGAAGAGGCAAUUCUCGGAUGAUGAAGGUGUUUGAUAAGCAUGGUGGGGUGUCAAUAGACAUCAUAAUUUAAACAUGUUAAUGUAAAAUAUUUUAUACAUGUUUGGUACGAGGCAGGUUUGUACUUGUUCCCGAGAUUGUUAAAUAAAUAAGAUGCCCACGAAGAUAAUAUAUUAUAGACCCACAGUAAGUCAUAUGUAAGCCUCGUGGUUGCCAUAAAUAUUAACGCUUUAAACAUGUUAACUGGUAAAUGCAUGAAAAAUUCCAAGGCUCGGAUAUAGAACCAUAAUUUGGUUGUCAUAUUCGACCUUAUAUAAACAUACAUGAAUAUAUGUAAUGUCUGUUGA